CUAGUCCUUAGGUACUUAAUCCUAGCAAAUGGAAGUGGGAUAUCUCAACUUCUUUCUCAUAUUUUAUAUUUUAUACAUACGCGACGCCCCUCAAUUUGUCUACGCUGCGGGUGAAAUAUAUCUUCUUCCAAUGCGACUAGUUCGAUCAUGACAAAUCCGCCAAAAUGGACGGAGAUUGGGACGAGGUUCAUCGCAUACCUUUCCCACCACCCGGUCUCCGGGCCAUGCCGACACCUGUCACUGUCUUAGCCUUCGAUACUAGCCAGGAGCUCUUAUGGACUGGCAACGAAUAUGGCCGAGUAUCCUCAUUUUACGGUACAAAACUACAGCCAUACACAUCCUUUAAAACCCAUAGUUCCCAAGAUGGGCCUGUCCGACAGAUACUCUUUAACGAUAAGGGCGUUAUAGCUCUGGGCUCCCGCGGUGUACAUAUGGCAUUGAGAAGAGGUCCACCCUUGUGGUCGAUUAGGAGCGAGGAUAUGCAGGAACUACGGUGCAUGAGCUUCACGUCGAAGGGCACUGCCGAGAUACUAGCCGCCGGCGAGCAGGACAAGAUGUUUGUGAUCGACAUUAAUAAGGGCGAGAUAACCAAACAAUUGCCCACCGAGCACAAAUACACGAUCAUGAGAAGAAGUCGGUAUAUAUGCGCCGCGACCUCUACCGGUGCCGUCCACAUAAUCGACCCCGUCAGCUUUCAGGUCAUCAAAAUAUGGAACGCGCAUACGGCUGCAAUUAACGACAUGGAUGCGCAGCACGAUUUCAUCGUUACCUGCGGAUACUCCAUGAGACACGGGGGUAACUACAUGCCUGACCCAUUCGUCAAUGUGUUCGAUCUGAAGAACAUGAUAUCUAUGUCCCCUAUCCCAUUCCCGGCCGGUGCUGCCUAUGUGCGAAUGCAUCCUCGAAUGUCGACAACCAGUAUUGUUAUGUCACAGAUCGGGCAGAUGCACGUGGUUGAUCUGAUGAACCCUAACACUAGCAAUGUGCGUCAAGCAAAUAACCUCAGUUAUUUUUCAAUGAUAGAAAUUGCUUCUUCAGGGGAAGCGAUUGCUCUUGCGGAUGCUGAAUAUUAUAUCCACCUCUGGGGCUCGCCGAGCAAGAUUCAUUUCGCUGAAUUUCCUACUCCGAUAGAGACGGCGGACUCCGGGACGGGGACGGGGCCCCGAAUCGAGUUUGAUUCUCCUGAUACGCCAUUGAGCGCCGUCGGCAUGCCAUACUAUAGAGAAGUACUGCUGUCGGCAUGGCCAAGCAAUAUGAUCACAGAAGUUGGUGCCCCUCCUGUUAAGAUCGAUGCGCAGUUCUUGGCAACGCUCCAGGAGAGAGAAUGGGGUUACUUUGGUAAGAAUACUCGACCAUUGCGGAGAAAUCAAGUCGAAGAUACCCGAAACAACGAAAAUUCCCAAAGCUCUCUAAAACCACCGAAGUUCCUAAGCGAGAAGGCUAGAGAAGCGGCAAAGUCCCCGGCCGGGACACCAGCUCCUGAAGAAGUUGUGCCCGAAAUUCCGCAGAUUUUACAAGAUAAUAAGCUGGAAAGCCUAAAGAUUGAGGUCCCCGAGCUAUAUCAAAAUAUUGAAAUAAAGUAUAGUAAAUUCGGAAUUGACGAUUUCGAUUUUGGUUAUUUCAACAAAACGCAGUAUUCGGGUUUACAGAAUCAUAUUGUUAACGCCUAUGCCAACCCACUACUACAGGUGAUGCAUUAUACCCCAUUGAUCCGAAAUAUUGCUCUUCAACACGCAGCGACGGCUUGUGUAGAUGAGUUAUGUCUCCUCUGCGAAUUGGGAUUUCUCUUCGACAUGCUCUACAAGGCAGAAGGAGAGGCUUGCCAAGCAUCCAACUUCACUAAAACCCUUAGUUAUCAUCCUGAAGCGGGCAAGUUGGGUCUGCUCGAAGAAGAACCUCAUGCGUCGCGGACCGUUAUGCUCCAGCACUUGGCUCGAUAUCUCCUCAGACAGAUGACUCAGAACUAUAGCCAAAUGAUUCAAAAUCCUCAUUCUCAUAGCGCGGAAUCACCGCGUCCCGGAGCACUCGAAGAACUCUUUCAAACAUCCGCAACUAGCUCCAUCAGAUGCAUGAAUUGUCGGAGCGAAACUACGAAAGCUGACCAUACGAUGGUGAACGAAUUAAUGUACCCUCAAAAUAAAUCCGGACACAGGAACCCAAGAAUGCGAGGAACAACAUUUUCGCAAGUGCUGAAGAUGAGUGUAGAGAGGGAGACUACCAACAAAGGUUGGUGUAAUAAUUGCCAUAGGUACCAGACAUUGGCCACCCGAAAGACGAUACAUAGGAUACCCAGCGUAUUGAUGCUUACGACCGCAAUUAACAACAAUGAGCACCGGAGACUCUGGGCUACACCUGGAUGGUUGCCAGAAGAGAUUGGCGUCAUAGUGGACAAUGGCCAAUUCUUCUGCUUCGAGGGUGAAGACUUGAAACUGCAUUUGCAGCGGGGGAUCCAUAACAUCACGGUAUAUUCUUUGACUGGCCUUGCCGUCAAUAUCGAGGGUGGUCAGCAGCAGAGAUCGCACCUUGUAGCCAUGACAAAUAUCGCACAUUCUGCGCCGACGGCCCCCGGCCAAAGUCAGUGGUACCUUUUUAACGAUUUUCACGUCAAGCCCAUCCCUCCUCAGGAGGCACUUACAUUCAAUACAUCAUGGAAGACACCUUCUGUCAUUACGUAUCAAAUAAAAUCCGCCAACAAUCAGCUUGAUUCCAGUUGGAAACAGAAUCUAGAUUCUAGGCUAUUAUAUCUAGAUCUCCAAGCUGAUCGAGCCGAUAAGACUUAUCGGACUUUGGAUCGGCAAACUGAGCCGGCUGGACCAGAUACGAUUGUCGCAAUCGACACAGAAUUUGUCAAGAUUUCACAGCCGGAAGUCGAGAUGCAUUCGGACGGCGACUCAAAAAUUAUCCGGCCAACAGUACACGCUUUAGCCAGGAAUUCCAUCGUCCGAGGUAACGGUAUGGACGAAGGAGUGCCGUUUAUUGAUGACUAUAUCACUAUAAAGGAGAAAGUCGUUGACUACCUAACCUCGUACUCCGGGAUUACCCCCGAAGACUUAGAUAUAACAACGGCACAGCAGAGAGGACACAACCUUGUUCCGUUGAAGAUUGCGUACAAGAAAAUUUGGAUUCUCUUGAACCUUGGGUGUAAAUUUCUGGGCCACGGUUUGAAGCAAGAUUUUCGAGUCAUCAAUAUUCACGUACCGAAAGCGCAAGUCAUUGACACGAGCGAUCUAUUUUUCAUUAAGGAGCGCCUUCGGAAACUCAGCCUGCAGUUCCUUGCACACACGCUCCUCAAAGAAGAUAUUCAGCUGAGCACGCACGAUUCCAUCGAGGACGCUAGGACGGCCUUAAAACUAUACCGCAAGUAUCAGGAGUUCAGCGAGGCGGGCGUUCUCGAUACUAUGCUACAGGAGAUCUAUGCGAAAGGCGUCGCCUCUAACUUCAAGCCCCCAGCUAAAGUAAAUUCAAAUGGCAAUGUCCCCAGGACGGAUACCCCACCGGUAGAUGGGACGACAACGGUCGGGCCAACGACGCCGUCUAGAAAGCCUAGCGCCCUUGUGCCCGGAACGCCAUUAUCGACGCCAGGAAGGGGGCUGGGCUCGAGAUAGUGCCAGGGCGACCCCGAGGUAUUUGUGCAAUUCUUGAUAAUGCGUAUGCGGAAGAAAUAAAAUGGGUGAACUACUUUGAGCGUCUAGCAUUGAGGACUAAGGAAGGAAUUGCUUUUUAUUGCGUUCAGUUGCAGACUGCCAGUGUUACGAGUCUUCAUUUUGCACUUGUUUACAAGACUCAUGAGAAGCAGCAAAGAUUCCCCUUUGGCAUACGACGAAGCUAUAUUCUGCUAAAUGUGAAGGAGGAGGGAGCGGUAGAAUAGUCGCUACGUAAUUAGUACAGCAACGAGAAAAAAAUUAAAUUAAUCUUAGAUGGC